AUGGACAGGGUAUUUCAAAUGCUUGUUUUACAGCAGGGUCCAAAACUUAAGCUUGCUCAUGUAUUCUCAGAUGGGUCUAGCUCUCAGUUUAAGAACAAAGACAUGGUUAACUUUUAUCAGAUGCUGAGAAAGAAGGUGAAUCUUACAUGGCAUUUUUUUGCUACUUCACAUGGAAAAGGAGUUGUUGGUGACAUUGGUGGGACAGGAAAGAGGGUUGUGUGGAGAGCAAUGUCCUCUAGGAGGGUGCCAGCUUUUGCUGAUGCUUUAGCUUUUGUUAAGGUUUCCACUAAAUUACGUAAAACUGGUAAUGUCAGUCUCAUCAGUUCCGAGGAGCUUUUGUCUUUGAGCUUAGCACUUGCUUUCAAAAAGCAACUGCUAUCACUGCACUGA